GCACGGCAAUGGAGGACGUUGAUGACGACUUCGGAGUUCUGUACGUCGGCGAUGUUGAGCUCAGAGAGAGUGAGUCCACCGGAGGGCUGCUUGACCGCUCUGAUUCGCGGAUUCCUCCGGUAGGCGAAGAGAAAUCGAGUGGAAAUGGCAUCGGAAGUCGAAAUGCUUGUGGGGGUAUUGGGUCGGAGUUGGACAGUGGUCACGAGUUGAGACAGUUUGAGGUGAGUGAUAUUAGAGAGGAUGGCGACAGGCGCCACGAGGAUGAGGAGGAGGAUAGCGGGAGUGACAGCGAGGAUGAUCUGAAUAUAGUUGUGAACGAUGGGGAUUGCCGGGCAUUCGCGGGUUUGAGCAUGCAGACGGCAAGGACCGGAGGCGGGUUGGGUGAUGAUGCGGGCGGUGAUGUCCAUGUUGUCACCGCCCAGAAUGGUUUAGGGAUGAAGAAAAGGUGGACUGAUCGAUUAAUGAAUGGAGGGCGCGAUUGCAACAGUCCACCCAUUGAAAGGGAAAUUAGAUUUAAGCAAUUGAAGUUUAGAGGACCUUGCGGGUCUCGAUAUGCACGUGCAAGCUAUUUAAGAGCUAAUCCAUCUGGGGGGAUAAUGGCAUUAUUGACGUCAGCAACAGGUGAUUUCGAGGAAAAUGAGGACCAGGAUUAUAAGGAAGUGAGUUGCAUGGUCCAUGCUUGUGCUCCACCUAAAUUAGCAGUACCACAAAAAGGACAUAGUUUUUCUCUUCCCUGGUAUAGGAACAUACUUGAUGUAAAUAUUGAUGCGCUCAAGGAGAAGCCGUGGAGGUGUCCUGGAGUGGAUAUAACUGAUUAUUUCAACUUUGGUCUUGAUGAGGAAAGCUGGAAACGAUACUGUAGCUCUCUGGAGCAAGUAAGGCAGCAGAGGUCUUUGCAGUCUAGGGUCCCCACUUAUGGGUCUUCAAGCCUCGAUCAGGUUUAUGAACAGGAGUUAGUUCAGGAAGGUAUGGCUGAUGGAGUUGGAUCAGGAAGGACAUAUCCACCCUCAACUACAGCAUCUCUUGAUAGAGAAAGCCUGUUGACAAUGCAAAAAGGCAAAGCAAUUAAGGUUGCGGAAAGCCUUGGUGAACGACAGCCAUCUGUGGUUCUAAGGCCCCCGCGAUCAUUCGAUGCUGAUGUAGUAAUAGAGAUUGCUUUGCCGGAUUCCCCCAAGGAUUAUUCUAUGUCAAGCAAAAAUGGGCUCAAUUUCAUGCAAAAUACGUUCUCUAAAGCAUUGGAAAGUGGGGAACCGCCUACAGAUGAUAGUAGAAAUACUUUCCUGUCUCAUAGAGCUGAAAAGGAUGAUGCAUUGAUGUCUAAUACUGUGCAUGAAGGCUUACCUGUAGAUCGUCUGGAAGAAAAUGCUAGAAGGUUCGACGAGUCAGUCAAAGGGACAAGUAGGUGCUUUGAGCUGACAAAUGCAUCUAGUCUCGACGAUGCAUCGACUUCUGGAGACUGGAAGAUCUCCGAUGGUGAUGGCUGUGACAGUCAAAAGGCGUGUAUCCAAGACACAGAAGGAAAUGCUCUAGCUGAAGAAACAGUGUAUAAAGCUACCCAAGGGGUCUGUGGCACCUCAUUUAUAGCAGAUUCAUGCAUGUUUCAAGAUGAACCAUCUCUAGGGGACCGGAUUCAACUUAGUUUGUCUUCACUAUGCUUUGAAAGUGAAUCUGAAGCAUCUGAAGAUAGCAUUUCUGUUGAUCGGGGAAUAAAAGAUGAUGUUUAUCGUAGAAGCCCGUCCCUUGGCUCGUGCAAUGACUUUCAUGACUCAAGUACCUGUGACCAAGCUUCUGUCAAAACCAAGCCAACUAAUGGUACAUAUACUCAGAGAUGCAGAAUUCACUUUCAAGUGGGAAAUGUUGGUGAACCCGAUUCUUUCAUUGAUAGUGGUGAUGUUGCACCCAACUUGUCUGACUCUAGGGGCAUCAAUAAUUGGGAUGACUUGGUGGUUGAUCAUAGCGGAUGGAAUAGGAGACAGGUUGCGAUAGAUCAUUCUCAUGAAGAACACGUUCCAUGUUCUAGAGAAAAGGUAUAUGGUGGUGAAAGGUUUGAUGACAAUCCCAUCUAUACUUCUUACAAGUUGUCGAGGAGAGGUCAGCAGAACGAGCUAGAUCAACAUUUCCGGAGUCAAGGUAAAGGGGAAGACUUUUUCAGAGGCAGGUUUAGGGAAAAUGGCAAAGAUCUCGAAAGGGAUGGGAACCACAAGGUGAAAUGUAAAUGCAUGGAGGAGAGGAAUUCUUUCUUGCAUAGAGAGUUGAGCCAAUUAGUUUCAACGUAUUCCACUGACACUCCUAAGGGAAAUGACACUCGAUCAAGGCUGAAGAGUGAAGAUCUUCAAAGCAAAAAGAGAACCAAUGAUAAUGGUCAUUUUCUUGGUGGGCGUAUGGAAGAGUUCAUGCUUGAAAGCCAUAGAGCCUCUUUCUCUUCCACUGAAUGGGAAGGGGGUUGUUUGGAGAAUAACUCUGGAAGACGAUUACUUUACCGGAGAGAAGUGAAGAACUUUGAGAGAAGAGGUGGACAUAGAGGCAAUCCCCUAUAUGGUAGUGAUUGGCACAUGGAAUUGGAAGAUGAAUGCCAGGAAUACAGAGAUCAUGAGAGCCUUUCCUCCCAGCUGUAUGGAGAAUCUUAUGCAUCUGAGAAAAGAUGGAAUGAUACCAGGUCACCAAGAGAUGAACCGGAUCAGUCCAGAUUAUUUGGACUGUACAAGAGGUUCCAGAGGCAAUCCCAUUGUGAUGAUGGAGGAGAAAGUCGUUGGCCUCAUGUUUAUAAUAAGAACGAUGGUGCUGAUGAUGGUGUUACUUUUUCUGGAGAUCAUGUAUGUAGGGGGAGAAAAAAAUAUGGAUCCCAGAAAUCACUGCCUAGGAACAAUGACGACAAAUUCCUUCUGAAGCAUCAAGACAACCAAUUACAUGCUGAAGAGGCGUCAUUCUUCUGUGGAAAAUCAGUAAAUAGAGGGGUCAAUCCUAAAUAUAAAGAUGCAGAUUGUGAGAUGGUCGAUAAUGGUAUCAAAGAGGAGAGGAAUUGGUACACAAGGUCAAGCAGAGGAAAUAGCGCUCUCUUUCUGAAUAAAGGAUUUCCUGUUAGCCAUAAGACUAAGCAUGAUCAGACCAUGUUAAUUUCUGGGAAUCCAGUUAACUGGUUUGUCAGGAAAGGAAAGUCCUCCAGAAGAUACAACACACAGAGAAAUCUAAGGCCCAAUGUUAGUAGCGAAAACAUGGAUCUCAGAGGAGCUGGGACAGAUCCGACUAUGAGGUACAGACAUGUAUCACAGAGGAGAGAGGCAGCUGAAUCCGACUUGCCAAAUUCUGUGAGCCAUCAGGCUGAUAAGAAACUGGCUGACAAGUUGCCAAUUAGUGCAGAAAUUGAAGAUUUGGACAUUGAGGAGGGUCAGAUUGGGAUGGAAGAGCCAAGUAGUGAUACCACUUGGGAGGAGAAUCAUGUUCCUGGUAACAUAGCUGUGAUUUGCAACGUGACGAAUAAGAAACAAGGACCUAAAAAGAGUCCCGAGAUGGAUAAGGUAAUUGGUAGAAUUGACGAAACACGGAUUCGUCAGACAUUGGCAAAGAUGGAAAAAAGAAGAGAGCGGUUCAAGGAGCCCCUUACUUGCAAAAAGGAAGUCGAGGGGAAAACCAAUCACCUUGUUAAUUUGAUGCUGGAAGUGAGUGCAACAAAGGGUGAAAGACCAGCUCGCAAGAGACGCUGGGGUGGAAGUUGAACUCCUUAUGUUACAGGCUUCAUUUCAGAUGUUGUUGCUGAGCACAAAGCAUGUACAUAUUUUAUACAUAUUACACAUGACAAGUCUUGGAGAUUCAGGGUGAUAGAUUUAUGCAUUUGUCUCUUCAGAUUUUCGAGAUUGUGGAGACAGUCUACACGUUAAACUCCCAUGAGUAACUACUCCAAGGUUGCGAAAACUGUCUGGAGUCAAUCUUAGACUAUGAACUUCCAUUUGAUAAUGAGCCAUCGCUCUAUUUUGAUUUCCCGAAGAAGCUAUGAGGAAAACUUUGCCACAUUGGAGACGCUGCAUGAAGUAGGUAGACAGUAAGUAAAGGCUUGGAGUAUCUGAAUGCUACCAAAGACUGCAGGUACAUCGAGACAUCUAUAUCGUCGACGUCACCAACCCGGGUAAGAUGAUGGUUGCUGGCAAUAGUGAAAUUUCCUGGUGUCGGGGAACUUUUAUAGUUUUCUCAGAUUACAGUUGCAAGUCUUUAGUUUGAAUGUUUUGAGAUCUAAUAUCACAAUGAGACGUCCAUUGAUUAAGUGGCAGUGAGGAUUGAUCA